GGUAACUUUGAAGUAACCAUGGCAACUGCUCCAGAAACCCCAGAAAUGAUAACUCAGGAGUCCAUCCCCAGUGAGCUGGAGCAGUCCAGCAGUCAGUGUCCAGAGGACAAAGUUCUGAGGCGCACCGUGAAGGAGAUCACUGCGGCUUUUGUGAGGAACACCAAGUUCCACGGGCUUCGCUAUGUGUUCGCGCGGGAUCGCUCCAAGGCCCGCCGACUCUUCUGGCUCCUGGCCUUCUUCUCCUGUGUGGGGCUGCUGUCCACAUGGUCCUGGAACCGACUCCACUACCUGCUGUCUUACCCGGCCGUCACCAAGAUCCACAUGGUGUGGGCCCGCAGUAUGUCCUUCCCGGCUGUGACCCUGUGCAACCAGAACCUCUUCCGCAUGUCCAGCCUCACGAAGGAUGACCUCUAUCACAGCGGAUACUGGUUGGACCUCCUACAUGUCAAUCACUCGGUGAACCGACGGACACUGUCCACCCUGAGGGACGACCGCAAGCAGAGCCUCCUGAGCCUGCUGGACUUCAGCCAGUAUGCGCCCCCACCACGCUUCAACACCACUGAGAUGGUGGACCGCCUGGGCCACCAGCUGGAGGACAUGCUGCUCGAGUGCAAGUUCCAGGGCGAGAACUGCACCUACAAGAACUUCACGCCAGUGUACACCCGCUAUGGGAAGUGUUACACCUUCAACUCGGGGCUGGAUGGAAACCCACUGCUGACCACCCUGAAGGGCGGCACAGGCAACGGUCUUGAGAUCAUGCUGGACAUCCAGCAGGACGAGUACCUGCCAGUGUGGGGGGAGACAGACGAAACCUCCUACGAAGCAGGAAUCAAGGUUCAGAUCCACAGCCAGGAUGAGCCGCCCUUCAUAGACCAGCUGGGAUUUGGGGUGGCCCCUGGCUUUCAGACAUUUGUGUCAUGUCAGCAGCAACUGCUUCAGUAUCUCCCUCCUCCCUGGGGGGACUGCAAGUCCACCCCCAUCGACUCGGAGUUCUUCUCGACAUACAGCAUCACGGCUUGCCGCAUCGACUGCGAGACACGCUACCUGGUGGAGAACUGCAACUGCAGGAUGGUCCACAUGCCAGGGACGUCCUCUGUGUGCACGCCUGAGCAGUACAAGGACUGUGCCGACCCGGCUCUGGACUUCCUAGUGGAGAAGGACAACAACUACUGCGUGUGCGAGACUCCCUGCAAUAUGACACGAUACGGCAAGGAGCUCUCCAUGGUAAAGAUUCCCAGCAAAGCAUCUGCCAAGUAUCUGGCCAAGAAGUUCAACAAGACAGAGCAGUACAUAGCAGAUAACAUACUGGUGCUGGACAUUUUCUUUGAGGCCCUGAACUAUGAGAAGAUAGAGCAGAAGAAGGCAUACGAAGUGGCAGGACUGCUUGGUGACAUUGGCGGACAGAUGGGGCUCUUCAUUGGAGCCAGUGUCUUGACAAUACUGGAAAUAUUUGACUACUUGUAUGAGGUAUUUAAAGAUAAAGUCCUGGGAUUCUUCAUACGCAAGAAACGACCUCGGCGGUGUCAGAGCGACAAUCUGGAAUUUCCAGAGAACCCAAGCAGCCCUGGUGUCACGCCUAAUCUUGCCCCCAGAGUACCUGUGACACACUCCGGAGUCACUCGGACAGUCUCGGAUUCACGCCGAACAUGUUACCUCGUCACCCGACUCUAGGCAACUUUGAGGAGUUUGCCUGUUGACGACAUACAGAAGGGCUGGGGUGCAAAGAAACUGGGGUUCGACAGCAAACUGUGACAAUUAUCACAUAUAUAUUAUUUAAAAAAAUGUUGAGGAAAUAUUUAAAGAAUAGCGAAACCUAUAAAUGCCUGAAUAGAAGUAGAAUAUCACUCAAAUAAACAAAACUUCCAAACAGAACUCAGGUUUAACUGCCAUUUCCUGGCAUCAUUUCUCCGCUGUUUGUUUUUUGUGUUGAAUCCUGGUACAUCAGACGUGAAACGGAUCUCGCUCAGCCUCCUUUCGAAGGGCCCGGUGCCCUGCCGGUACAAAAGUACAGCAAGCGUGGGACGAAGCGAUUUGCGGCCUUCGAGGACCACCUGCUGCUGCUAGUCUUGGAACGAGCCUGGGGGAGUAGAGGGAGGAUGAGGCGCGAAAGAGGACUGCACAAUUCUGCGUCUUAUCGCAAGGGCAGUGGCUCACCG